UCUCUCUCUCUCUCUCUUCCUUCUUACAAAUCAAAAUUUUGUACUCUCGCAAUCAAUCGACUGCACUUCUUCCAUUAUUUUCGCUCAUAUUCAUCCUACAGAAUCUCACCCAUGCACAAAUCAUUCAAUAAAUCCGCACGUCUAUAUCUAUCCAAGAUGCAGUCGCAGAUCCUCCCUAUCUCGAUCUCAAUCUCCAAUCCCUUUUUCCCAAAUCGAACACCACCAUCUUCAAUCAUGCCAGCUUCUGCGGCAGCACAUGCUGGAGCAGUGUUCCUCAACAUGGAGGAUGGUGAUGGAGAUGAUUUGUCCCAUUCAUCUAUUGAAGAUGGGAAAAAGUUUGAAACCACACCUUUUUUACCUAGGGUUUCAAGUUACGAUAGUGUUAACAGUACUAGUAUGGCGUCAACUGUGACGAGUUCCGUUUCUUACCAGCAACGACGUCGUCGUGCCGCUAGCGAUUCGAAUCUAUCCGAUUUUCCUGGUGGCCGGCGGCGGUUUUUUUGUCACAAUGCAGGCCGGGCUGAUGGGGAUUCGUUUUUUAUCACCCGGGUUGGGUCUAAAUUGUGGGCACGUAUUAGGUCAGGUUAUUCAAUAAUCACUGGAUUUCUUGCUCUACAAUGUUAUGCAAUCCUAAUCAUGCCAGGUGUACUUCAAGUUGCUUAUUACUACUAUUUCUCAAAUCAAGUUCGCAGAGACAUUGUUUUUGGUGAUCAACCUAGAAAUAAACUUGACAUAUAUUUGCCUAAAGACAAUGGAAAAAAUGAUACCCCAAAGCCUGUCAUUGCUUUCAUCACUGGAGGAGCUUGGGUAAUAGGGUAUAAAGCUUGGGGUUCUUUAUUAGGACGCCACUUAUCAGGUACAGAUGUUAUAGUGGCAUGCAUAGAUUACAGAAACUUUCCCAAAGCUACAAUAAGUGAAAUGGUUAAGGAUGCUUCUAGAGGCAUCUCAUUUGUAUGCAAUAACAUCUCUGAAUAUGGUGGUGAUCCUAAUAGGAUUUACCUGAUGGGACAAUCAGCUGGUGCACAUAUUGCAGCUUGUGCACUUGUGGAGCAGGCAAUUAUCGAGUGUGAUGCAACACAGAGUACUACAUGGAGUGUUUCACAGAUAAAAGCUUAUUUGGGCUUAUCUGGAGGAUAUAAUUUGUAUAACUUGGCUGAACAUUUACACACUCGAGGCCCAUACAAGUCACUUUUUUAUAGUAUUAUGGGAGGUGAGGAAUCUUUGAGAAAAUAUUCUCCAGAAAUUAGUGUUCAAGAUCCCAACAAUAAAAAAGCUGUUUCUCUCUUGCCUCCAAUUAUUCUUUUUCAUGGUACUGCAGAUUAUUCCAUUCCAGCAGACUGCAGUAAAACGUUUGUGGACACUCUGCAAAGAGUAGGAGCAAAAGCAGAGUUGAUGUUGUAUGAGGGGAAAACUCAUACUGAUGUGUUUGUUCAGGAUCCAAUGAGAGGGGAUGAUAAAUUGUUUGAUGAUUUGGUUGCAAUUGUUUAUGAGGGAGAUGAAGAAGCACUUGCAAAACAAGUGAGUGCACCUUCCAGACGUCGCCUUGUGCCUGAAUUUAUGUUAAAGUUGGCUGCAAAAAUUAGCCCCUUUUAACCCGUUCCACACAUUUUUUUUGUACAUCUGAUAGUGACAUUAAACAAACAUCUAUAAAUAUCUUAAAGUGAUCAUGUUUGUUAAAAUCCAAGCAUACAUAC